GCACCGUGACUUUUAAUUUGACAUGAACCGGAAAUACACUCAACACCCCUUCUGGACCCAACACUACGCACAUGACUGUAAUGAGGAGAACACUGCUGAAAUGGGAGAUCAUGUGGAAGUGAUUGUUGGAAGUUAUGAGCAGAUAGUGUUUGGGUACCGAGUGUGUCCUGCAGAAGGAGGAGGAGGAGAAGAAGAAGAGAAGGAAUGGAGAUUAGAGCCGGUUUUCACGCACCACGCUCACACGGCGUGUCUCUCCGCGGUGGCGGCCAACCAGCAGUUCGUCGCUACGGGAAGCAAAGACGAAACCGUCCAGCUCUACGACAUGAAGACGAGAACGGAGCAUGGGGCGCUAUUACACCAUGACGGUACUAUCUCGUGCCUGGAGUUCGGUUCUACUUCUCACUUACUGAGCGGUGGGGAAGACGGUCUGCUGUGUGUGUGGAGCACAAAGACAUGGGAAUGUCUGAAAUCCAUUAAAGCUCACAUGGGUCAUGUGACUUCUCUCUCAAUGCAUCCGUCUGGAAAACUUGCGCUGUCUGUUGGGACGGACAAGAAGCUCAGAUUUCUGACUUUUUCUAGAACGUGGAAUCUUAUCGAGGGAAGGCCAGCUUUUACCAAGAACAUUAAACAAAAUGCACAGAUCGUGCAGUGGUCACCAGCAGGAGAUAAGUAUGUCGUUGUCGUAAACGAUAAACUAGAUGUCUACGACCUGGAGUCUGCCAGCAUCAUCGGCACCUUUGCCUACAGGAAGAGGAUUUCAUCUGUCAGAUUUCUGAAGAACACGCUGCUGGCUGUGGCAGGAGAUGAUGAACAUGUACAGGUGUAUGAUCUCACCUCUGAAAAGUGCAUCUGCGAGUUCAAAGCCCAUGAAAACAGAGUAAAAGCUCUGGACAGCUUUGAGAUGAACGACUUGUGUGUGUUGGUCACUGCAUCUAACGAUGGAUUCAUCAAGCUGUGGGACUUCAGUACAGAGAGGCAGGAAUCAGUGCGUCUGCUAGGACAGGUGAACACCACCGCCCGGCUCACCUGUCUGUCCGUGUGGAGAAGCAGCACAAAGGAAGAAAAGUCGGACACGCAGCCCGCAACGUCUCGAUCUGAUAAGGAAGCUCUGCUGCCACCCAAAAACAAGAGGGUGAGGAUCAGCAAGGAGGAGGUGGUCGUGGAAGAAGACGCUUCGUCGAAAAAACAAGGCAAAAAGAAGAAGAAGCAGAAAGUGCAAUGAGAAAUGUUGUUUCGCGUGAACGCAGAAGGACUCUUCAUGGUGUUAUGUCUUCAAUUUCCUCCUUCAGUAUGGUGUUGCUAAUGAGGGAAGCUUUGUAGAAUUUCAAAAAGUGUUAAGUUUGGGGUGUUUUUUCAGGAUUCGUCCUGGAAAAAAAAAAAAAAUCUUUUAUCUCAGUGUAGACUUUGCCUCAAGUGUGUCUUUAAAACGAAUCAGCUACAUAACAUAAAAUACAGAAUUUAUAA